GGUGGGUGAGGCUGGGCCAGCAUGUUGGCCUGCCGGUUCUGGAGAGCUAUCAGCAGGGCGCUGUUCGCCGAGUUCCUGGCCACGGGGCUGUACGUGUUCUUCGGGGUGGGCUCAGCCCUGCCCUGGCCCUCGGCGCUCCCCACCGUGCUGCAGAUCGCCAUCACCUUCAACCUGGCCACGGCUGUGGCUGUGCAGGUCACCUGGAAAACCAGCGGUGGCCACAUCAAUCCUGCCGUGACUCUGGCCUUCCUCGUGGGCUCCCAAAUCUCCCUGCCCCGUGCCGUGGCCUAUGUGGCUGCCCAGCUGGCAGGGGCCACUGCGGGGGCUGCUCUGCUUUAUGGGGUCAUCCCAGGAGACAUCCGAGAGACCCUUGGAGUUAACAUGGUCCGGAGCAGCGUCUCAACAGGCCAGGCCGUGGUUGUGGAGCUGGUUCUGACCCUGCAGCUGGUACUCUGUGUUUUUGUUUGCACCGACGGCCGGCAGGCAUCGGGCUCCCCGGCCACCAUGAUGGGGAUCUCUCUGGCGCUGGGGCAUCUCAUUGGGGUCUACUUCACAGGCUGCUCCAUGAACCCGGCCCGCUCCUUCGGCCCCGCCAUCAUCGUUGGGAAGUUUGAGGUCCACUGGAUCUUCUGGGUGGGACCCCUGGCCGGAGCUGUCCUGGCUUCCCUGAUCUACAACUUUAUCCUCUUCCCUGGCACCAAGACCAUGGCCCAGCGACUGGCCAUCCUCAUGGGUAGUGAAGAAGUGGAGAAAGUGGCAGAAGAGGAGCCCGAGAAGAGAGAAUCCCAGUCCAGUUCAGGGGACACAGAAUCGGGGAACACGUGUCAGACAGUAUAG